AUGGCCAGCAUCUUUCGUGCCAUCUAUGACUGGCUCUUGAGGAUCUUCUGGGCGACGGAGAUGGAUGUGACUAUGAUCGGCUUACAGAACGCGGGCAAAUCCUCCCUCCUCCGCGUCUUGGCGGGUGGAGAGUUCACGGUGGACUCCAUUCCGACCAUCGGGUUCAACACUAAACGGGUACAGAAAGGCCAUGUGACCUUGAAAUGCUGGGACUUGGGUGGCCAGCCUCGGUUUCGCCCGAUGUGGGAACGGUACUGUCGAGGGGUCAACGCUAUCGUGUAUAUUGUGGAUGCUGCGGAUAAACCUGCUUUGCCGGUGGCCACCGAGGAACUGCAUGAUCUGAUGACCAAGCCCACCUUGAAUGGCAUCCCACUUCUUGUCCUCGGCAACAAGUCCGAUCUACCAGACAAGCUGUCGGUAGAUGAGCUGAUCGACCAGAUGAACCUCAAAUCCAUCACACACCGCGAAGUCAGCUGCUAUGGUAUCAGCGCGAAAGAGGAGACCAACCUCGACGCCGUCCUUCACUGGCUGAUUGCACGAGCCAGUCGAUAA